AUGACAAUUUUAUCUGCAAUUACUUCAAUUUCAAGACCAAAUAAAAUUAGUAAAUCAGUUAUUUCAUCAAAUGGAGGUUCUUCAUUGUCAAUGGGUUCUAAUUCAGUCUCAUGUUAUAAUGCUUGUGGAGGUGGUUCAAGUUAUUCAUAUAGCUCAAGCUAUUCAGGUUCAGGUUUAGAUUAUUCAUAUAAGGCAAACUAUUCAAGUUCAACUGGUUAUAAUUCCUCUGUUGUAAUUGCAAGUUCAACAUGUCAUUGCAGUUAA